GUCUGUUCGGCAGUGAACUCUCAGAGCGUGACUUAAAAAUGCUUUCGGAUACUUUACAAGUCUUCCACAAAGCCAUGGUCAACGCUUCAGUUCCGUAUUUCUUAUAUAAGGUAAACAAAACAAACAAAAAGGAUAUAGUAAACGACCGUUGCACGGUAUGGACCAAUCGGUACAAGUUCUACGAUACGUCGGGUCAUGAAAUCAAAUUACAGUCUUGGAAAGCCCCUUUUUUGGAUAUCAGCUUCUACAAAGACAACUCUACACAUUUAUGGGACACUACCAUAAAAAAUCAAGCGCCUUAUAAUAAAUCUGACAUUUUCCCCUUGACUGAGCGGCCGCUGUUUGGGCACGUAUACCCUGCCCCGCGCGAUCCUCUGAGACCUGCUACGAUGGUGGGGACUGUACCUUGUUCUUUAUUACUGGACGCCAUCCCGUUUGUGCAGCACGUGAGGGGACCCGCUGGGGCCUGGUGUGAGGAAGUCUUAACACACAGGGGUCAAGUUGUUAGUGUGUUUGUCAGGAAUUCAACAGACAUCCCUGUCUGCUGA